AUGUUGGACACGCGACAUGGACGUUUGCUAACAAACCAACAACGACAGACUUUGUAUAUCUCGUUAACAUCACCAUUAAAGAAUGUACCAGGUCCAUGGAUUAGUCGCUAUACCAAUUUGCAGCUGAAGUUCGCUGUUACCGGAGGACGUCGCAUCUUCUACAUCGAUGACCUACACAAGAAGUAUGGCCCCAUUGUGCGUAUUUCGCCAAACGAGGUUGCCGUUGCAGACCCAGCCGCAUUCAAGCAAAUUCAUGCUGUCUCGUCCAAGUUCACCAAGGACAUAUGGUAUGAAAAGCUGACCAACUUCCCGCGUCUGAGCGUCUUCACUAUGCGCAACCCUCGCGAACACGGUCAGCGUAGGAAGCUCUUUGCUCGUGGUUUUAGCAAGUCAUACCUUAGAGAACACUGGGAGCCCACCGUCCGCCAGAAGACAUUCCUUGCUGUUGAGAAGAUCAAGGUCGAUGCCCAAACUGGUGUUGCGGAUUUGCUCAAAUGGUGGACAUUCAUGGCUACAGACAUCGUUGGUGUCCUUGGCUUUGGCGAAUCGUUUGGUAUGCUCGAGCUUGGCAAGAGAACCGAAUAUAUUCGAGUGCUUGAAGCCGCCCUUAUUGGCAACGGAAUUGGCGCUGAGAUGCCUUGGCUCCGAGCCAUCGGAAGCCGCAUACCUUUCAAGCCCCUCAAAGAGGCUUUCAACUCGAGCUCAUACAUUCUCGGCUACGGCACCAAAGCUGUCGAGAAUGCCCGGAAGGGCGGCCAAGACUCGAAUCUGAUGGCGACCAUCAUGGCUGAAGCCGAAAAAGGUGAAGCACACGUCGACGAUAUGGAUGUUCGAACCGAGUCGACCUCGUUGAUCUUUGCUGGUUCAGGCACGACUGCCAACACCAUGACUUUCCUUUCUUGGGCAGUUCUUUGUCGACCUCAGCUUCGCGCAUCCCUAGAGGAGGAAGUCGCCAAACUGAGUGACGACUUCACUGAUGCAGACCUUGAGAAGUUGCCCCUUCUCAAUGCAGUCAUCAACGAGACACUGCGAUUGUACUGUGCCGUGCCAGGUAGUCUGCCUCGAGUAGUGCCUGAGGGCGGCGUAACACUCGACGGAUACUUUGUUCCUUCCGGCACCACAGUCAGCACCCAAGCAUACACCAUGCACAGAGAUGAGAACCUCUGGCCAAACGCCCAAGAAUUUGACCCCUCUCGGUGGUUUGAGGGCAAGGAGCAGAGUGCAGCAGCAAAGAGCACAUUCUGUGCGUUUGGUGCAGGUGCCUACAGCUGUCUCGGCAUCAACCUCGCAUGGAUGGAAUUGAGAUAUGCUACUGCCUUCCUCUUCCGCGAGUGUAAAGGGAUGCGUAUUGCUCCGAGUAUGCCUGCAGAUUGUAUGGAUCUGGAGAAUUACUUUGUCAUUGUGCCCAAGGGACACAAAUGCGAGGUCACUUUGCAGUAG